GAAAGUUUCAGAGAGAGCGCGAGUCAUUAAGCUGUUCCAGUCAUAGAUAAUAUAAUAAAGGUCUUUAUAAUAUUUAUAUAUCUAUGAAGAAGACUACUACUACUUUCGGUUAAGAUCGAGGUGGAGCACGAGACAAGCUCGCUGGGGAGAAACGACGGGGAGGAAGAAGGAUCGGACAAAGACUCGUUUAUCGAGGGGACCCUCGUGGGGAAGGAAGUGUUAUCUGCAGAUGCCUACAACUGUUGGUGGUAGAAGAAGGGGUUCCCUGCAAAUGUGGUCUUGACAAGCAGGACUUGGAGCAUCUCUCCAUAAAACAGGAACCAGAGGAUCUGUGGUCCAAUCAGGAUAAGUGAUGGAAGAUGGAAUGACGACAGGGCACAUAGGUCAGGUGUAAACAGUGACGUGGAGUGUAACACUGCCAGAAAAUCCCUCAGCUGCUCUGAAUGUGGUCAAGAGUUUGACCACCAACGAUCUCUCUAGAGACAUUUACAAAGAAGCCUUUAUUUAAACCAUACAAGAUGUUUUAAAGUGAUGCAAAAUGUAAACUUGCAGGAAAGUGUCGACACAUGUAAAAACUGUUAAAUUUAAUGUUUAUGUCAACAUCAACAAUCUGUGGUAAAAUGACUGAAUGUGGACAAAGAUUUAGUCAAAAGACAAACUUAAAGCUACACAUGAGAAUCCACACAGGAGACAAACCAUUCAGCUGUGAUGAAUGUGGACAAAGAUUUAGUCGCAAGACAAGCUUAAAUGAACACAUGAAAAUCCACACAGGAGACAAACCAUUCAACUGUGAUGAAUGUGGACAAAGAUUUAGUCACAAGACAAACUUAGACCGACACAUGAGAAUCCACACAGGAGACAAACCAUUCAGCUGUGAUGAAUGUGGACAAAGAUUUAGUCGCAAGACACACUUAAACAGACACAUGAGAAUCCACACAGGAGAAAAACCAUUCAGCUGUGAUGAAUGUGGACAAAGAUUUGUUGGAAAGGGGGACUUAAACAGACAUAUGAGAAUCCACACAGGAGACAAACCAUUCAGCUGUGAUGAGUGUGGACAAAGAUUUAGUCGCAAGACACACUUAAACCAACACAUGAGAAUCCACACAGGAGAAAAACCAUUCAGCUGUGAUGAAUGUGGACAAAGAUUUAGUCAAAAGACAAACUUAAACCAACACAUGAUAAGCCACACAGGAGAAACACCAUUCAGCUGUGAUGAGUGUGGACAAAGAUUUAGUCGCAAGACAAACUUAAACCAACACAUGAGAAUUCACACAGGAGACAGCUGUGAUGAAUGUGGACAAAGAUUUAGUCAAAAGACAAACUUAAACCAACACAUGAGAAUCCACACAGGAGACAAACCAUUCAGCUGUGAUGAGUGUGGACAAAGAUUUAGCCGCAAGACACACUUAAACCAACACAUGAUAAGCCACACAGGAGAAAAACCAUUCAGCUGUGAUGAAUGUGGACAAAGAUUUAGUCAAAAGACACACUUAAACAGACACAUGAGAAUUCACACAGGAGACAAACCAUUCAGCUGUGAUGAAUGUGGACAAAGAUUUAGUCAAAAGACAAACUUAAACCAACACAUGAUAAUCCACAUAGGAGAAACACCAUUCAGCUGUGAUGAGUGUGGACAAAGAUUUAGCCGCAAGACAAACUUAAACCAACACAUGAGAAUCCACACAGGAGACAAACCAUUCAGCUGUGAUGAAUGUGGACAAAGAUUUAGUCAAAAGACAAGCUUAAACCGACACAUGAGAAUUCACACAGGAGACAAACCAUUCAGCUGUGAUGAAUGUGGACAAAGAUUUAGUCACAAGUCAAGCUUAAACCAACACAUGAGAAUCCACACAGGAGACAAACCAUUCAGCUGUGAUGAAUGUGGACAAAGAUUUAGUCGCAAGACACACUUAUACCAACACGUGAGAAUCCACACAGGAGACAAACCAUUCAGCUGUGAUGAAUGUGGACAACGAUUUAGUCAACAGACACACUUAAACAGACACAUGAGAAUCCACACAGGAGACAAACCAUUCAACUGUGAGGAAUGUGGACAAAGAUUUAGUCACAAGUCAAGCUUAAACCAACACAUGAGAAUCCACACAGGACAGAGACUGUUUCCUUGUGAGGUUUGUGGUGAAUUAUUUAGAUGGCGUGUCUCUUUAAAAGGACACAUGCGUGUCCACACAAAAUAGAAACGACGCAAAGUGCAAAAUUUUGCUACUAAUCUGUAAACAAUGUUGUUUACAGUGUAUAUAUGAGCUGGUUAGAGGAACUUCAAGGGGGUAUUCUACGGUGGUGAUACACUGUGGUGUCUCUUCAGUACCCACCAUUGACCUUUACUUGAACAUUACCUGGUCAUGCCUAGGGCAAAAUGUGCCUCAUCAGAUUUUGUUGUCUUUUUUUAGUAGUUGAAAUCUGUUGUUGAUUCAUUCAUUGCCCAUUGUUACCUUCACAAAUUUGUCCAUAUUUUGCUAGCAGCUAAGAUCCUAAUCUCGAUGAGCUCGCAAGACAGGUGAAGAGUUGUUAUGAUGCAAAAACACAAAUUAAUAACUUAGAUCCUUACAAGCUGAAUGAUGAAUGACGUUCAGGUUUAGGUGUUUCCACCUGUUCAGUCUCAGACAUCUGUGUUUAUCUGGUGUUUGGACGUUCUGUCAAGAAUUUAAAAACUACUGAUGAUUAAAUGCUCCUGCAGCCAUUUUACAAAGGGAAGGAAGAGGACCGAGUCUAGAAAUAUUCGGCUGCAACAACAUCGCCUCUCGCCUGACUAACUUGGUUAGGCUCUAGCCCCACAAACAGGUAAAGAACAUGGAUGGCAGUAUGGGCGAUAUAAUGUGUUGUUGUUCACCUGAGGGUUGUAUUUACUUAUAAGCCUGGCACACACAUAACAAUAUUUGGGCUGUUUUUGACCUGAUUUUGCCUCUUCCCAACCUUGGACGGCAAACGCCCAAUCAUUGUGUGAUUUCCCUGUCCAGUCAUAAUAUGGUCUGUGGUGUGUUAUGAGCCGAUUUGUCCCGAUAAUCCGCUCCGAUAUGGGUCAUAGCCACAGUUGGGAACAUUGAACAUGUUUAAUAUUUCAGUGCAGAUUUCUGAAGAACACCGCCGACUCGUGCAUUGUGACUGUGUGGGGGGUGACGUGGCACGGAAUGUGGCCAAUCAGAGCGAGCUGGCUGGAGAGCAAGGAAGUAAACAAAGUCCGUGUUCACGCCGUGUCCAGUCUGAUAUUUUUUUUAGUUCUGCCUUUUUCUGUUAACAAUGGUCCCAAGACCUCCAUCAUUCCCCCGUCCUAUAUAUCCCCUUCUUUCCCCUUUCUUUCCGAUUGUUACCAUGUUUCUUCUUCUUUGCUUUGUGCCAGUUGUUGCCAUGCUUCUUUUUCUACGCUUUUUGCUGGUUGUUGCUAUGGUUCUUCUACGU